AUGGGUUCCUUAAUAGCAGUGACCUUCACCUUCACCCUCUUGACAUUGGCCAUGGCCAAAACAGGUAAAAUUGCCGUAUACUGGGGCCAGGACAAAGGCGAUGGUACCUUGUCUUCAACAUGUGAAUCUGGAAACUAUGAGAUUCUCCUCCUAGGCUUCCUCAACACCUUUGGUUGUGGCAGAACCCCAUCUCUGGACUUGGAUGCCCACUGUGGUGAUCACACCAGUGUUCCAUGCACCAGAUUAGGCACCCAAAUACAAAGCUGUCAGAAAAAAGGUGUCAGAGUGUUUCUUGCCCUCGGUGGCCCAAGUGGUUCCUACUCCCUUUGCUCAUCAGGGGAUGCAAAAGUGAUCUCCAAUUACCUCUAUGGAAACUUCCUCAGUGGCCAAUCUGGUCCACUAGGAAGUGUGACCUUAAAUGGCAUUCAUUUCCACAUUCAAACCAGUGGUUCAUUCCUUCACUGGGAACACCUUGUCCAGGAAUUAUACAUCAUCAGAGAAAGAGGAAACACCAGCAACCACAAUUUCUUUCACUUGUCUGCAUCCCCACAGUGUUUUAUUCCAGACCCUUACCUAGACAAAGCUAUCAAAACUGGGAACUUCGACUACAUUUUUGUUCAUUUCUACAAUAACCCUACAUGUCAGUAUUAUUCUUCAGGCGAUUCUUCGUGGCUUCUUGACUCUUGGAAUGCUUGGAACUUCUAUGUUUCAGCUGAUACUUGGCUGUUCUUGGGACUAGCUGCAGCACCUGACGCAGCUCCAAAUGGUGGUUAUAUACCACCCCAGAUUCUUGUCAGAGAUGUGCUUCCCUACAUGCACCAAGCUUCCUCUUAUGGAGGGGUUGUACUGUGGGACAGGUCCCGUGAUGUUCAAACUCGUUACAGCAACCUCAUCAAGCCUCAAGUUUUACAUCUAACAAAGACGUUGUCUUCUGUUACAGCAACCUCACCAAGCCUAUGUUCGUUGUAG